UUGAACCAAAAAAGAUGAAGACGAAGAAGAAGAAGAUCGCAGGCUUUUGCGGUUGUGUUCUUGCUAGCAGAGCCAUUCAUUUUUCAUUCCGAUGGCAAACAGAACUGUUAAAGAUGCCAACAGUAUACACGGGACCAAUCCGCAGUAUCUGGUUGAGAAAAUCAUCCGGACUCGAAUCUACGAGUCUAAAUACUGGAAAGAGGAGUGCUUUGGUCUGACCGCGGAGCUGGUUGUUGACAAAGCUAUGGAGCUCAAGUACGUCGGUGGAGUUUUUGGAGGAAACAUAAAGCCCACUCCUUUCCUCUGCCUCACACUGAAGAUGCUGCAGAUUCAACCAGAGAAAGACAUUAUUGUUGAGUUCAUCAAAAAUGAGGAUUUCAAAUAUGUUCGUUUACUUGGCGCGAUGUACAUGAGGUUGACUGGCACUGCAGUGGAUUGCUACAAAUACCUGGAGCCAUUGUAUAACGAUUACAGAAAAGUCAAGAAUCAGAACCGUAAUGGGGAAUUUGAGUUGAUGCACGUGGACGAGUUCAUUGAUGAGCUUCUUCAUGCAGAGAGGAUGUGUGACAUCAUUCUGCCCCGCCUCCAGAAAAGACACGUCCUUGAGGAGGCUGAGAUGUUAGAUCCACGUAUCAGCGCUCUGGAGGAAGAUCUGGAUGAGGUGGAAAGCAGUGAUGAAGAAGAUGAGGAAGAAGAGAAGCCCGAGCGACUCCAGACCCCUGAGCCCCACAGACGCCGUGACGGUUACCGCGACAACGACAGGCCUCGUCGUUCUCCGUCGCCUCGUUACAGACGCAGCCGCUCACCCAGACGGAGGAGCAGAUCUCCAAAGAGGCGAAGCCCGUCGCCCAGGAGAGAGCGCCACCGCAGCAAGAGCCCCCGCCGCCACCGCAGCCGGUCCAGAGACCGACGCCACCGCUCCAAAUCUCCAGGUCACCACAGAAGCCACAGACAUCGCAGCCACUCAAAGUCCCCCGAGAGGAGUUCAAAAAAGAGUCACAAGAAGAGUCGGAGAGGAAACGAUUGAUCGGUUUCCUCCUCUUUAUUUUGCCUGUGAUCUGUCAGCGAACUUGCGUCUAAAUCUUUUUAAAUUCAAUGAUGUUUUUUAUUUUUUAUUUUUUUU